AUGGAAUUCGCCGAAUCAGAGAAAGAAAAAUAUGCUCAUUCAAUUAGUCUUGGUGAUUUCCUUUUUUACAAUUUAAUGGUAUUAUUUGUAUUACCACCAGUUUCAUCGAUAGAAAUGAAAAUUUGUAUUGGAAUUGGUUGUAUAAUAUUCAUAGAAAUUGGUUACAUACUAACAAUAUGGAUAGGUACAUUCAUGAAAUUCUGGAAUGCAAUCGAAGAUGGACCCGCUUUACCAUUACCAGUAAUCGCUUUCUCUGCUUAUUUUAUCCUUGCUAAUGUUUUCAUAGAAGAUUCAAACCGAAAUUUAUGUGAAUAUUUAGAAUUAUCCAAUUAUCGCUGA